UAUUUGUCUCUCCCGAGCACCUGAAAAAAUCUUAAAUCUAUCAUCGGAGCGUGAACAACAGUCUCCUCUUUGGCAAAAUCCAGAACAAUGCUAAAACGACACCGAAUCUCCCCUCACCACCAAUAUAAUUCUGCCACGUCACCUUCUUCUUUCCCUUUUCCCAUAAACCCCUCUAAAAACCCUUUCUUUUAGGGUUUGUUUCAAUCAAUCUCAUCCAUCUUCUUCAAUCUCUCUCACUGAUAUUUUUUAAAACCACUGUUCAUUCAAUAAAGCUUCGAUAAAGCUACAGGCUUCUUCUUCAACUACUCUCUUUUGUUCGCGUUGAUGUAGCAAAACAAGCAAAAAACAAAGAAUGGUUCGUUUCUCGUUCUGCUUCUUCUUUCUCGUUCUGUUGCUAUCGGCUGGAGAGAUUUCAUCGCAGUUGGGUUCUGGUCCACACCUUACCGAUGUGAACAUACUCUUACCUCCGAAGAUGAAGAACCCAGUUGAGUAUCGCCUUCAAGGAAGUGAUGGCUGCUUCAAAUGGUCAUGGGAUCAUCAUGAUAUUCUGUCAGUUACACCUGAGUUUAAUUCGAGUAGUCAUUGCUCGACCAGCGCGCGUGUGAAAUCGAUUGCCUCGUAUAGUGGUAGAAAGGAGACUGCAGUUUAUGCCACUGAUUUACAGACCGGGAUGGUGAUUCGCUGCAAAGUGUUUAUUGACAACUUCUCACGGAUUCAAAUUUUUCAUAAUUCUAUCAAGCUUGAUCUUGAUGGACUUUCCAUGCUUAGAGUCCGCGCUUUUGACAAUGAAGAAAACGAGUUCUCUUCACUGGUGGGUCUACAAUUCAUGUGGAAACUGAUGCCUGAAAGUGGUGGAACAACGCAUCACCUUGCUCAUGUGCCUUUGAAGGAAUCUCCGUUGACUGACUGUGGAGGACUGUGUGGCUACUUGGAUAUCCAGAAAAAGCUUGAAGAUAGUGGUGUAUUUGCAGAUUUGUUUGUCGUGAAGGGAACCAAAAUUGGACAUGAGAAGGUUUCAGUUCAUCUGCUUGAGGCUCCUCUUACACAUAUAGCCGAUGAAAUAGUACUAACGGUAGCAGAGGCCAUGUCUCUUGAGCCUCGUUCACCAGUCUUUGUCCUGAUGGGAGCUUCUUUUCGUUACACGUUAAAGGUCAUGCGUGGAAAUGUUCCUCAAGCCGUGCAUCUACCAUCNCUAAGUGACUUGAUGAUUAUUCUCCUUAAUGUAGGUUGUGCAAAAGCAUCGAGUGACUACAAGUGGUUCACUUCAGAUAUGAGCAUUUUGUCUGUGUCAGCUUAUGGAACUAUCCAGGCAAAGAGGCCUGGAAUAGCCACUGUAAAGGUGGUNCUAGGUCUGACUAAAGCAUUAAGCUUGGGGGUAACAACAGUUGUUGUUGAGGAUACCCGGGUCGCUGGCCACAUUCAAGGAUCAUCUAUUAAUGUUGUCACUCCAGAUACUCUUAUCCUGUACAUAUCACCUUGGUCAAUGUCAGAGGAUCUUAUUAUAGAAUCAAAACCUUUUCCAUCAUCCAUGCAUUGGUAUGUGGUGUCUGGUCGUCAAUAUCUAAUUCAAAUGAAGAUUUUCUCUGGAAGACCUGAUGCACAUGAAAUCUAUAUAACUGAGACGGAUGACAUAAAACUGUAUGGAAACGAUUCCGAUUAUUGGAAAAUUCUCUCACUGCCAGAUGAACUUCCCUCUGAAUAUAGUCAGCGAAAUUCUAGAAUUUUGAACGCAAUCUCACCAGGAUUAGGAGAGAUAACAGCUACAUUGACUUACUUCAAUGGGCAUAAGGACUCAAAAGAGGUUCUCAAGGUUGUUCAAGAAAUUAUGGUUUGCGAAAAAGUGCAGUUCACAUUAAACAGUGAAGAUGACAUACCUAAGAUCCUACUCCCUUGGACCCCUGCUGUUUAUCAGGAGAUGGAGCUAAUUGUGACAGGAGGUUGUGCAAAAGCAUCGAGUGACUACAAGUGGUUCACUUCAGAUAUGAGCAUUUUGUCUGUGUCAGCUUAUGGAACUAUCCAGGCAAAGAGGCCUGGAAUAGCCACUGUAAAGGUGGUGUCGACUUUUGAUUCACAAAAUUUUGAUGAGGUUAUUGUUGAAGUUUCCAUUCCAUCCUCUAUGGUUAUGUUGCAAAAGUUUCCAGUAGAGAGAGUUGUUGGAUCAUACCUGCAAGCAGCUGUCACAAUGAAGGCUUUGAAUGGUGCCUCGUUCUCUAAAUGUGAUGCUUUUAAUUCAUUGAUAAAGUGGAAGGCGGGGAGUGACUCUUUUGUUAUUGUUAAUGCAACAUCUGACAUGAUGAUGUUGGACGAAUUAAUAAGCAUAGACUCCAGUCCUCCUUGUUCACGGGCCUAUAUAUAUUCUUCGUCUCCUGGUCGCACAGUUCUACAAGCAACUCUGGCAAAAGAGUUUCAUUAUUUUGAUAAGUCUUUAAGUGAAUCAAUAGAUUUGAAAGCAACUUUGAGUAUCGGAUCUUAUCUGCCACUUUCUGUCAGACAAGAUAGUGAUGGGAAUCAUCAUGGUGGAUACUGGUUUGAUAAAGCACAAGAAGAAACUGAAUUUGGUGUUAGUAAGCUAUAUCUUGUACCUGGGACAUAUGUUGAUGUCAUGCUUCUUGGGGGACCUGAAAGGUGGGAUGGCAAUGUUGAAUUCACCGAGACUGUGAAGACACUGUAUGAAGAUGAGGAGGAUCGUACAAGCAGAGUUAACGUCCAUCAUGAGUUUGACCGCCACGCUAAUAUGUAUAAAAUUUCAUGCCAGAAGCUUGGCUCCUAUAAACUGGUCUUCUUGCGUGGGAAUCUGGUGGGUAUAGACCAUCCUUUACCUGCAGUGGCAGAAGCUGUAUUGUCUGUUCAUUGCAGCUUACCAUCCUCUGUUGUGCUCAUUGUUGAUGAACCUGUUAACAAGCUUGAUGUGAUUAGAGCUGCUAGUCAAGCUGACAGGGCACCAGGAAGACUUCGUGUAACUCCUGUGACUGUGGCAAAUGGGCAGAUAAUCCGUGUGGCUGCUGUUGGUAUUAGCGAAUUUGGAGAUGCUUUUUCAAACUCGUCAACUCUUUCUCUCAGGUGGGAACUGAGCAGUUGCAAAAAUUUGGCGUACUGGGAUGAUGAUUAUAACUCAAAAAUGACAAAGUCUAGCUGGGAAAGAUUUCUGGCUCUUCGCAAUGAAUCAGGAUUGUGCACUGUUCGAGCCACGGUUUCUGGUAUUGAUUAUUCUGUUAAAAGCCAAUACUCAACUCUGCUUCCACAAGGUUCGGAAAGUACUCUCACUGAUGCUGUACGCUUACAGUUGGUUUCCACACUAAGAGUCACACCAGAGUUCAACCUGGUNUUUUUCCAACCAAAGGUAAAUUUGUCAAUGACUGGAGGGAGCUGUUUGUGGGAAGCAGUUGUGAAUAAUUCUCGUGUAGCAGAAGUUAUACGGCCCCCAUCUGGCCUGCAAUGCUCGCAAAUGAUGCUGUCUCCAAAAGGGUUAGGGACUACACUCGUGACAGUAUACGACAUUGGGGUUUCCCCUCCACUUUCAGCUCUUGCGUUGAUUAAAGUUGCAGAUGUGGACUGGAUAAAGAUUGCAUCUGCGGAUCAGAUAAGUAUAAUGGAAGGAAGUACAUACUCCAUUGAUCUCUUGACUGGCAUUGACGAUGGGAUGACCUUUGAUUCUUCCCAGUACCCACUUAUGGACAUUAUGGUGCAUAUCGAGGAUGAUCUCGUGGAGCAUGUUGUUGAUGAUGAUUUACUUUCUGUUGGUGAACACGUAGCAACUUCCUCUUUUAAAGUUGCUGCUAGACGACUGGGAAUAACAACCCUAUAUGUCAGCGCAAGACAACAGUCAGGAGAUAAAGUAGUAAGCCAAACUAUUAAAGUCGAAGUUUAUUCCCCACCAAGACUUCAACCAGAAGGAAUAUUUCUUGUUCCCGGUGCUUCGUACGUGCUCACUGUUGAAGGAGGCCCGACCAUGAAUGUUUCUGUUGACUACACCACUGUGGAUAACGAAGUUGCAAAGAUUGAAAAAUCAGGACGCCUGUACGCAACAUCACCCGGCAACACGACAAUCUAUGCAACUAUUUACGGGAGUGAAGGUACUGUAGUUUGUCAGGCAAAAGGCAAUGCUGAAGUAGGGCUUCCUGCUGCUGCAAUGCUGGUAGCUCAAAGUGACACUGUGGCCGUUGGACAUGAAAUGCCUAUGUCCCCAUCAUUUCCUGAGGGAGACCUUUUGUCUUUCUAUGAGCUCUGCAGAGCAUACAAGUGGACUAUUGAAGAUGAGGAGGUGUUGAUUUUCAUUGCAUCAUCCAUUAAUGCGGAAGAGAAUGCUGGUUUUGUGAAUGUCGUCCAAGGAAGAUCAGCUGGCAAAACCAGAGUCACAAUUGCCUUCUCAUGUGAGACUGUAGUUCUCGGGCUGAUUUUGAACGAGACACCAUAUCAGUUAAUGGCGGAAGUAUCAAAACAACAGGUAGCAACAAUGUUGCAUGUAUUCAAGCCAAAGACCGCACAAGUGGAAGAAUUGAGAUUGCUGCUUGUGUGAGGGUUGCAGAGGUUGCUCAAAUAAGAAUGAAGAGUGAGGGGAUCCCUUUCCACGUGAUAGAUCUAGCUGUUGGCGAUGAACUUGAACUUCCAAUAAAUUACUAUGACAGUUUAGGGAUUCAUUUUCUCGAAGCACAUGGAGUUACUACAUACAAUGUUGAAACUAAUCAUCGUGAUGUUGUAUCUAUUAAGACUGUCAAUGACCAACCAAGUGCCUACAUUAAGGGAAUAAAACAUGGCAAAGCUCUCAUUCGGGUUUCCAUUGGCGGUAAUCCCAGGAAAUCAGACUACGUUUUGGUUUCAGUUGGGGCGCGUAUCUGUCCUCAAAACCCGGUCAUUCACACUGGAAAUUUAUUAAAUUUCAGCAUAGCAGGGGCAGAUCAUCAAGUCUCUGGUCAAUGGGUUACAUCAAACAGAAGUGUCCUAUCCGUCAAUGUGGCAUCUGGACAAGCUAAAGCGAUCAGCCAAGGCUCAGCUCAUGUUGCAUUUGAAGGUCAUGGUUUGAAAUUACAAACAAAAGUCACAGUGCUACUUGGAAACACCAUAUAUGUUGACUCUCCAAGAGAAACACUGACAAAUGUAGACGUCCCUGCAGAAGGGUAUAACUUUCCAGUUAAAUUCAGGGAGAACAAGUUUGAAGUCUCUGAAUAUGGAAAUAAGGCCAUGUUUAACUGCCAAGUAGACCCUCCGUUUAUAGGGUACGCAAAGCCAUCGAUGGAUCUUGAUACUGGCAACACUUAUUGUCUUUUCUUCCCAUACUCACCAGAGCAUCUGGUUCACUCCAUGACUAUAGCAAAAGACAUGAAACCUCAUGUGUCCUUCUCCAUUAGUGCUUCACUCAAAGAAGCUCAUCAUGUUUCGGGAUCUGCAUCUGCACUUCUUAUUGGAGGGUUUUCUGUAACGGGGCCAAACAAGCUGAAUAUAGAUGCGAAUUCAAACACGACCAUCAUUUCAAUACUGGGGAACACCGAUGUUCAAAUUCACUGGCGUAACAAAGGUAGGUUAUCGAUUAGCUUGAUCAAAAGGGAAGAUUUUGGUAUCGCAGGGCGUGCACUAUACAAGGUGGAAGUGUUAAGAUCAGAGCAAUUCACAGAUAGAAUCCUCAUCACUCUCCCUGCUACUGGCCAAAGUGUAGAAAUCGAUGUAUCCUAUAACACGGGCGAGCCCCUCUCUAAAGAUGGAUACUCUAUUUUGUUCAAGAUACUAUGGAGCGUUUUGGUGUUGACUGUAUCAGCGAUCAUCUUGUUGAAAGUGAUAGAUAGACCAGGUCCAACAGGAGCUACUAGAAGUGCAACAAACGGUGGAGCUGCAGCACCGGGAACACCAGAAAGAAGAAGCGGUGUGGUUACUUACCACGAGGAAUCUCCAAGAACACCGUCACCUUUUAUGGAGUAUGUGAAGAGAACAGUGGACGAAACUCCUUAUUACAAAAGAGAAGGAAGAAGAAGGUUCAAUCCUCAAAACACUAUGUAAAAUCUAAGAUGGUGAUGGUUUUGUUGCUAGUUGGAAACUUUGUUAAUUAGAGAUUAGAACAUCUUUUUGUUUGUAAACCACCAAACCCGAGGCCAGCAAUGUUUAUAGAAUUUGUCAAUUGAAUUGUCAUCAAAGGAUCCGUAUUUGUCA